AUAAACAAGUUCUUUAUUUAAAUUGUGCACGGUGACAUUAUAAUAUUUCGAAUGGAUUUUAAUGUAGCAGCAAAACUUUCAAAUGCAAACAUGCUUAGGAUCAUACUUAUCUGCAGCCUAACUGCGCAUGUCAUUGGAAACCAAAGAACACAAAACACAUGGCUUGAGGUAGGAGUGGUAUGUUCAUCAACAGUACAAGUAACGUGCAGUGGUGUUGGCGUUACCCAGCAGUGGAAUAUUUAUAAGACUUCAGCUACCCAUCAACAAGAGGGCAACAUGAUAAAAGUAGUACAAAAUGGAACUAAAUGCGAUACGAAAAGCAUUGAAACUAUUAAAUCGUCACAAUGUAUGUGUUUACAUGACACACAUAUAAGUUGCAACUUAUCUUAUGAAGGGAUUGCUAACGAGGGUGACUUAUGGAAGUGUACAAGAUUCUCGCAUGGAUCUAUUUAUCGCAGUAAUACCAUACGUUUGCCCAGUCAACAAAUCAGCAUAUGCUCAACGACGUCAGUUCCUGAAAUCGUAACUGAAAAUGACAGUAGCACAAAAAACGACCUUCACAUGAAAACAGUUACCCAAGUUACAGAAACAGUCAUAACAGAAACGUUGGUGAAUGAUCCAUUAAAAAGAAAUUCGACAAUCAUUAUGAUCAGUGCCACUGGCAUUCUGUUUCUUCUUGCAACAACAUUCUUGAUAUGCGUCUACAGAAGAUACCGUACACGAACAGCAGCCGUUAUGCCGUCAUGUGAAAGUACAGGUACUGUUGGCCAAAUUAUUGAAAGUGUUAUGUCUACUGAACAUUUUUCAACGGAACACCAAGUAGAUCAUUAUGAACAAAUUCCAAUAAUGGAUAUGCCUCCUUUGGCUGAAAGUUUUCCUCUAACGAACGAAGCAGAGACGCAAAUUGACAUGUUGGAAUCAGGGGCAGAUCAACGUGAUACAAGUAUUCACUAUUACGAAUUUAUGCCAGACACGGCGAGUGCUAAUGAGGCUGAUGUUAACGAUGUGCAAACGAUAUCAGAGGCACAAGCAGGAGACCCGAUUCGCUAUGAAAGUCUUCUGGAAACCAGGACCGCUGGGGAAACAGACUACAGCUAGAAGUGAACAAAAACGUUGUAUUUCAUUAUUUCCAUGUGAAUAAUUCUAGAAAAAAAAUAAAGAUUAA